UCAAAAGGAAGCAAAGUCACAAUCGUACAAUGCUACACCACGCACCUACAAAUAAUGCAGACGAAGAGAAUUCUACAGAGGAAUUCUAUAGACAACUGCAAUCAGUGAUGAACAAGACCUCAGUUGGCGACAUCGAAAUUCUAAUGGUUAUGGUGACAUGAAUGCCAAACUGCGUGGAGCAGACAACACCGAAGGAGAACUCAUCAUGGGUCGAGGAGCACUCGGUGAAAUGAUGAGUGGGAAUGGAGAACUGUUUUGCAGAAUUUUGUGCAGUCAACAAUUCGGCAAUUGGAAGCAGUGUGUUCAAACACAAGGAUAUUCACAAAGUGACAUGGACUUCACCAGAUGGACACACUACACUCAAAAUCAGAUCGACUUCAUCUCAAUCUGAAGAAAGUGGAGACACAGCCUACUUGACACAUGAUCAAGAAGAGGAGCAGAUGCAAGCAGGUUCAGACCAUUCACUAUCUAGUGCAAGGAACCUACAGUCAAAAUCAAGUCGAAAGCCUUCAAGGAAGCUGGUGAUAGACGACCACAGUUCAAGUCCAACACCCAGAACAGGAACUGGAGGACAAAACUACAAAAGACAUCUCCACCUCAGUCAUCAGGAUAAAAUGGGAGACAUUGAGCAACAUCCCCAAGGAAACCUGUGUGGAAGAACACUAGAACUCUGUGAAAACGACGUGGAAGGAAACCCGCAUAACCGUGUUAGGAAGGAAGAGGAAGCAAGACAAGGAAUGGAUCUUGACGGACACAUGGGAGCUGAUAGAGCAGGGAGAGGAAGAUGGUGAAGCAGAAGAUGAACCAGUGUGGUGCAGGGAUGAACAACGGAGAGAGGAACUGAACACAACCUAUGAAACACUACACUGGACAAAGAAGUGAAGAAG